UAUGAUUUUACUCUUUGCAGGCUGUCACGCUGUCUAGUCACAGAGGAAAGCUGUGCUUCUCUGGUCUCUGCUCUGAAGUCAAACCCCUCACACCUGAGUGAGCUGGAUCUGAGUAACAAUGACCUGAAAGAUUCAGGAGUGAUGCUCCUCUCUGCUGGACUGGGGAAUGCCCACUGUAAACUGGAGACUCUGAGGCUGUCAGGCUGUCUAGUCACAGAGGAAGGCUGUUCUUCCCUGGUCUCAGCUCUGAGGUCAAACGGGUCACAACUGAGAGAACUGGACCUGAGCUACAAUCACCCAGGAGACUCAGGAGUCAGACUGCUCUCUGCUGGACUGGACGAUCCACACUGCAGACUGGAGAAACUCAAUGUGGAACAUGGUGGAGAGCACACAAUGAAACCUGGGCUUAGAAAAUAUGCCUGUGACUUCACGCUGGACCCAAACACAGUAAACAAACUCCUCUCUCUGUCCAAGGAGAACAGAAAGGUGACAUGGAGGACAGAGGAGCAGCCGUAUCCUGAUCACCCAGAGAGAUUUGAGGACUGGCAGCAGGUGUUGUGUAGAGAGGGUCUGACUGGGCGCUGUUACUGGGAGGUAAAGUGGAGUGGGAGAGAGGCUGUUAUAGGAAUGACGUAUAAAGGAAUCAGCAGAAGAGUAGGGGGUAAGGACUGUAUUAUUGGAUUAAAGUCCUGGAGUCUGGACUGCUCUGAGAACAGUUACACGGCCUGGCACAAUUAUAAUCACACUACCAUAGACGUCCCCCCCUCCAGCUCCCACAGAGUAGGAGUGUAUCUGGACUGGCCAGCUGGCACUCUGUCCUUCUACAGAGUCUCCUCUGACACACUGACCCACCUAUACACAUUCCACACUACAUUCACUGAGCCCCUCUAUCCAGGGUUUCAUGUUUGGUUUGAUGACUCCUCAGUGUCCCUGUGUCAAACACAACAUGAUGUUUCAAUCUAAUCAUAGUCAUGUUCAGUAAGACACACUGGAGCAACAAUUGAUAUGAACUCUCUAGUCAUGAGUUAACAGUUGAUUAUUAAAUCUAAAUAUUAAUGAUUGUAAACUGGGUGGUGUGAGCCCUGGAUGCUGAUUGGCUGACAGCCAUGUUGUAUCAGACUGUAUAUAACGGGUGUGACAAAACAGGCUCUAAUUUAGUUGGCAAACUGUUUAUAAUAGCAAUUUGGCACCUAGGGGGUUUGUGAAAUAUGGCCAAUAUACCAUGGCUAAAGGCUGUAUCUAGGCACUCCCCAUCUAGGCACUCCCCAAAUUCAGAAGAAUUUAGACAUGGCACACCCCCUCGGACCUCCUUGUUGCUUAAUGAAACACCACUGAAGUUGACAGACAGAGUCAUUCCUAUAAUGAAACACCACACUGUGUUGUAAAAUCUGUUUUCAUUUAGAAAUCAUUGAUCUUCUUGUUAUUGGGCUUCUUGGUGUUUGUGAAUAUUGUUGUCUGUAGACUGUUUAUUUUUCAAAUUCUUGACACAACAAUCUUGUUUCUGUAUAAACUAAAUUCCUCUGAAUGAAAUGUACAUGUGACUAAUAAAGUUAAUCAACCAGA